AUGCUCGAGGACCCCUCAUAUUCCUCAGUCGUACGUUGGGGCGAUGACGGCGACAGUUUCGUCGUCCUCGAGAACGAAAAGUUUACCAAAUCGAUUCUACCCAAACAUUUCAAGCACUCCAAUUUUGCCAGUUUCGUCCGUCAAUUGAACAAAUACGAUUUCCACAAGGUCCGACAGAAUAAUGAGGAGGGUGGACCUUCGACAUACGGCAACAAUGCCUGGGAAUUCCGUCAUCCUGAAUUCAAAGCGAACAGCAAAGAUACGCUCGAUAAUAUCCGACGAAAAGCUCCUGCUCCUCGAAAACCCUCUAGUCUCAGCGAAGAACAAAUACCCAUUCAGCAGAUCGACCUUAUGAACCAACAGAUCGUAGCGCAAGCGCAACAAAUUGAGUCACUUGUUCAAAGUACCAAUCAACUUCAGAUGAACCACCAAAUGGUGGUACAGGAGCUACUUCGUCUUCAAAAGACCGUCCUCAAUCACGACCGAGUCAUGCAAGAUGUGAUGACAUUCCUACAUUCCGUCGAUGCAAAGCAGCGAAGGGAUAGCAAGGCCAUCUUUGCUCCGCAAUCCGAUCCCGCCCAAACAAGCACGACCCUGACCCCCACCAGUCAAAAUAUGCCUCAGCAAGACGAGGAUGUACCUGCAUCGCCUUUACAGCACGCCUCCAAGCUUCUGCACGAUCUCAAUCCCAACGGUCAGUUCAACAUUAACGGUUUGGAGCAGAUGAAUACAAGCAUUGCAACCCCACCCAUCACUCAAGAUCCUCGGAGUAUGCAAUAUCGAGGUCCCAACUCGGCCACUUCGAGCGGUAGCAUGGGUUUCUCGAAGAUGAAUCCAAAUGAGUUGGAAAGUGUGGUCUAUCCAAUGGGUACCAGUAACGGAAUUGAUCCCAUGUAUAGCGAACACAUCCACAAUAUCCCUUAUGCAUUGCCCUCGAAAGAUACUCAGGAUCCACGUGCGCAGUUCGCUGAGAGUCGCAAGAAGAGUGGGACAGUCGAUCCCGGUUGGAGUCGAUCACCAAGGAUACUGCUUGUCGAGGAUGACCCGACUUGUCGCCAGAUUGGCGGCAAAUUCCUCUACUCUUUCCAAUGCGUUGUGGACUGUGCUUUUGACGGUCUGGAGGCUGUAAGCAAGAUGCAAGAAGGCAACAAGUACGACAUGGUCCUGAUGGACAUCAUCAUGCCAAACCUGGACGGUGUUUCGGCCUGUCACAUCAUCCGCCAAUUCGACAGGACUCCGAUCGUUGCAAUGACCUCGAACAUCCGGUCGGAUGACAUUCAGAUGUAUUUCCACCAUGGCAUGGACGACGUUUUGCCAAAGCCGUUCACUCGAAAGUCACUACUGGACCUGUUAGAAAAGCAUCUUAUGCAUUUGAAAAAGGUUCCACAAAAUAUGGAUGCGCCACUGAUGUCGGCUGCUGUUGGCCCUCCCGGCGGACAUGCCUCUACAGCACACUCCUCACGAGAUGACAUGUCAGCUGCAGCCUCUCCGGCAGGCUCGAGUGGCACAUGGAACUCUCCUAGUCAGUAUUCGGGAGUUUCACCCGUCAACCCAAACAUGCAUCUAUCCGGAAUACCGCAACAGCAACACUAUAUCGAUGCGAAUGGGAAUAUUGCCUCCUAUCAGGGUGGCCCGCAGACUCCCUUGGGUAUGAGACACAACGUCAUGCAAAACCAGGCGCACAGACGAGGACAAUCCGAGAUGUCAGGAGGAGGAGACAUGGGAAGUGCUAACAAAAGGCAACGGAUAUACGCGCCUCAACAGCCCAUGGCAGCUCCUAUGCGACAAUGA